AUGGCAGGCGGGGGUGGCCUGAAGGCCAACGAGAAUAAUCCCAACCUUGUCAACGACAUGGGGUCGGGCAUUAGGCCAACGGGGAGCGGGGGUGGGUUGUCGGAGGCCAAGAUGGAAAUGAUGGAGAUGGACGCGGCGGCGCUGCUGCUUCCACAGGUGGACGUGCGAGACAUGAGGCUGACGACGACAUCGCCGGCGGGGUCGGUGGAAUCGGACUUCUGGGGUGAGGGCGAGGGCGAUGACGUCAUGGAAAACGACGGCUUUGAUCCAAUGGAGGCAGCACACGCGGCUGUCGACAGGAACGAUGCAUGCGGGCAGCACAUGCAGCCGUCGACAGAUGGGGACACUAGAUUGUUGGAGGACCUGCUUCUGGACGGCCUGGGGCUCCGUCAUAUGGAGGCGGGGCCGUCAGGGGGGGUGGUGGCAGCGACGGCUGGCGCGGGGGACCGAGGAGCCUCGCGCUCUAGCUCGAGACGAGGAGCAGCUGCUGGUGCUGUUGCUGCUGCCCAAAGUCGACCCGCCAAGGCAAGCGGUGGUGGUGGUAUCCUGAGCAAUUGCGCUCUGGACGACUUCCCCGCUACCCCCGCUACCAACAAGAACGCCUCUGACACCGACAAGCCGGGCACCAAGGCCAAGGGCGACCACGGUACCGGUGCCGGUGGUAGGGCUAGCGGCGGCGGCGGCGGCGGCGGUACCGGUGGCAGGAAGAACCGUCUCUCUCCGGGCUCGGCGUCGUCGUCGGCAUCGUCUACCCCGCUGUCGGUGCUCUCGUCGAACUCCAGCACGCCUCGGAGCGCCGGGGAUGGUUCCCAAACGUCCCUUGGUUCGAUCGCCGCCAUGACCCUGAACCCGUCGCUGUGGAAGCUGGUGGAGCGAGGAGAGACGUGUCCGUUUCCGGACUGCGCGUUUACGGUGGCCUUUUUCGAGCGAAAGGAGGCUAGAAAGGCGGCAGCGGCGGCGGCGGCGGCGGGCGGGGGUGGGGGGGUGGGUGCGGGGGUACUGAAGGAGGAAGGGGAGGAGGAGAAGGACAAGGACAAGGAGAACAGGUCGCGGUGUAGGCACUUCCACACGCUCUGCGGCUGCAGGCACACUCGAGGGGUGCUCAAGGGACGCCUUUUUCAGGUCUGCGUCUAUGUGUAA